AUGGAUACUUUACCUUCCUCGCAAUCUGAUAUUGGAGAGUUUACGGUUGCAUCUCUGAUUACGACAGUUCCGCUACUCGUCACCCUGUACACUAAUCGGAGAGGACAAUCGCUCGCAGAGUCCCAAGAUCCACUUGCAGUACGCCAUAGAAACGACGGACUCAGACGUUUCCGAGUGCUGGGCCAAGUUGCAGACUAUGAUCCGGCUAACGCUAUUUUGAUGUUGGAAGACUACGAUGAUCUCCGCCUGAUGGAUAGUGCCGAAGAGGAGAAAUACAGUGCUGUUGAUCUGCUGCACGCGGACGACAAGAGAGUCCAACAGCGCUACCGUAUUAUUGUAUCUCUCGAGAACGUGGUCCUCGACUCUCGCUUCGACCAUGCAUGUACGCAAAAAGGCACAUGGAUCAAUGUCAUCGGUCGUCUGGGUCUUUCCGCAGACGACGAGGGGAGUGAAGCUCGCGAAUGCGACGAUUGCAGCACAGUUUGCUUCUGCGCGAGAGAUUUGGAGUUGGUCGCCUCUUUUAUUUGGGCUUGCGAUACCGUUCUUAUUGAUGAGACUCGCGAUAUCUUCAGAAAGUUGAUAAGACAGCGGGAAGUCGUCAAGCGGUCACCUUAUUGCUAA